AUGGUUCUUUUCCUCCCACUAUCCGUUCGCCACUCCCGGAAAUCCGUCGCUGGCUUAGAGUUCACCUGGCUUCCCCGAUAUUACUAUAAUAUCGUUGGAAGCGGGCCGAUGGACCGUGCACGCAGCCCUUCACUGAAAGGGACAUCUGACAGACUAUCUGAUCAAGCCGGAAUGGCAGACAGGAAGGGGUGGGUUCGGGAGCAUGUCGCGCAGUGCCGGGCUCUGGGCCCUCCGCUAUAUGGCAUGCGGACUAGGAUUCCUGGUGCCACCUGGGAUGAGGGCAGCGGAGAAGUGUGA